UUAAUAACUUUCCAGAUGGCAGUAGAAUUUCAUGCUCCUUCACCUCUUGUUCCAAAUAGAGAAUGCUAUUUGGCAAGAUACAGUAGAUGCUUAAGCAAUAACGUAUGGGGAGUAGUCGAUGUUUCCUUAGAAAGUUUGUUUCCUAAUCCACUAAUCAGAUAUCAAAGAAGGCCAUCAGGCUGCCUGAUCGAACAAUUUCAAAGUCGACUCUGCAAGGUGAUAUGGGUCGAGCAUUCAGAAGUGGACAAUAGUUCAGUUCCAGAAGUUUGCCAACACUUUGUGACAUCAGGACACGCAUACGGUGCUAAACAAUGGCUUAGCACUUUAGUUAGGCAACAUGAACGCCUAACAUAUAUAAUGGUUAGGAAUGAUCGUAGGCCGCAACAAUUAGUCCCUACUGGGGAAGAGAACCUGUUGACCCUUGCUGACAGAAUGAUGAGAAGCUUUUGGAGAAAUCUGAGUGCCUCAAGAAAGAACCAAUGGAUGACAGUACCAUUGAGUGGUGCUGAAAACAUUGAGGCCAUAAUAAGGUUUGUAAAAGACAAAGAAGGAAGGCGUCCUGGUCCGGCAUUAGUCAUGGCUACAACCAUCCGGAUUCCUGCCUCAUCAAGGAGGAUUUUUGAUUUCCUUCAGGAUGAGAAUAGUAGAAACAAGUGGGACAUUCUUACACAUGGGCAUAUUGUCCAACAAACGAGAUCCAUCUCAAAUGGUUGUGUUCCAGGAAAUCGUGUGUCUGUCCUGGAAGUGAAGUCUGCAGAAGAUCCAGAUAGGACUAUUAAGACCCUUCUUCAAGAGAGCUUCACAACUUCUGAUAGCUCUUAUGUAACAUUUACCCCUGUUGAAGCUUCUUCCUUCAGUAUGACCUUAAAUGGAGGAGACCCGGACAAUGUGCCUGUCAUGCCCUCAGGGUUUUCUAUCUCGCCUGAUGGGCCAACUGGAGAUGAAGGAAGUCUGGUGACGAUAGUGUUUCAAAUCUUGGAUGGUACAGCAUCGCCUAUGCAUUUCCCUUCACAUUCAGUGGGUACCAUGUAUAAGCUCAUCACAGAGACUGCCAAAUCUAUCACAGCUGGGACUGUUGAUCCAGAUAACAUGGGCAGAUGAUAUGGGAGAUUGAGUUUAGAAAGUUAAAUUUAUGUUGUAGCAUUAGUGAGGAGGAAAUCAAAUGAGAAAGGGAAAAGGGAAGAACAUGAAGGAACUUAUGGAAAACUGUAAAGCUAUGUUGUUACUUGAAGUCAUUUUCUCCUGGUUGUAUGUAUCUUCUUUGCAUGUAUAUAUAGUUUUUUCAAGUGCAAUAUUGUGUAUUUUGUACAUGGAACCUAGCUACCUGGAGUUUCCAAUGAAAUAUUAUAAAGAAUUGGGGCUUCUUCUCUGCGGGUUUUUCUUAAUUACAGGCGAUCUUC